AUGGUGGGCAUCGCUAUGGAAAGGUAUUUGGUCAUCGUCUUCCCAGUGUGGUACCGCUGCAGACGAACCAUGAAGACCACUGUGGUGAUCUGUGUCAUGGCCUGGGCCCUUUCUGCUCUCCAUCCUAUCGCUCAAUGUUUCAGUUUUAUUGAGAUUAAAACCAUUGACAUUGUAUUUUUGCUCUUUCCCCUCCCACCACUCAUAUUCUUCCUGGUUGGGACCCUCAAAGCCCUGUCUGCUUCCAUCUCGGUCCAGGCUGACGAAAAACGACGAAUUGUAGGAACUUUGGUCCUGGUACUGCUAAUUUACAUGCUGCUGUUCCUGCCCAACACCAUUCUGACAGUGCUUAACAAGUUAAAAGUAGACACCUCACAUAUUCUUGUGUCCCUGUCUCAUGUAUUUGUUAGGUUGAGUCCUCUUGCAGACUUAGUUCUGUAUAUUUUCAUGAAGAAAGGGGCCGUAGACAAGCUUUUGGCCUCUGUGUGUUGUUGCAGAAUGGAAAGCAAUGAUGUCAUCAGUGUAUCAGUAUGAAUGAUGACGACAUGGCCACAGUCGGCUUCAUGUAGGCUGAGAAAGAAGUUGAGGAGAAAACACAAGGAGAAGUAUAGAAAAAUAGACAGAUUUUGUCACCUACUGAUUUUAUUUUGAAUGUUUUUAUCUGCAUGUUUUGAGUUUGGUUGUGCUUAUCAUUUUAAUCCUUUAUCCUUUAAUCACAGAAGCAGAGCAGAUAUAUUUAGAUUCACUCAGUUGAUUGAAGCCGCCAGGCUGUCUUAUUCCUAAACCUUUAAUUUGUACAUUUUAUACAGAAGGAGCAUCUUAUCAAGUCUCAGGCUGUUCUAAUGAACUAUUUGUACAUAUAGCUACCAAUAGUUGGUAUGUAUUCCACAUAUUUAUUACUGUAUGAACCACAUUGACUGCUUCUGUAGAAGACCGCAGAAAUCCGUGUCGGGGUUAAAGGGG